ACUUUUCUAAACUUUAGAUUAACUUAUUCUGUUGGCAGAUAAUGUUGUUCUUUUCAGAAAGAAAUCCUUAAAAAUAGCAAAAACAACAACAAAAAAAUUGGUGUAUUUUAAUCUUAUAAUAUGAAAUACUAUAUUAUUGUACCAUACUACAGUAGUGCUUGAAAGUAUGCAAACCCUUUACAAUUUUCUGUAUAUCUGCAUAAAUAUGGCCUAAAACAUCAUCAGAUUUUCACAAGUCCUAAAAGUAGAUAAGGGGGGAAAAAGAAAGAAAUUUAAAAAAUGGAAAAAAAAAAAUUAUAUAUAUAUAUAUAUAUACUUGGUCAUUUAUUUAUUGAGGAAAGUGAUCCAAUAUGACGUAUCUGUGAGAGGCAAAAGUAUGUGAGCCUUUGUUUUUAAUAUCUGGUGUGACCCCCUUGUGCAGCAAUAACUGCAACUAAAUAUUUCUGGUAAGUGUUGAUCAGUCCUCACAUCGGCUUUGAGGAGUUUUAGCCCAUUCCUUUUUAGCCCAAUCUGACACUACUCGGUUAUUAUCUAACAAAGAAUUGCCGAAGAAUUUUGUUUAGGAGUCGGAUUGACGGAUUAACAUUUCAAAUUAUAUAACUCUAGAAGAUCCUUAUGGCUUGGUGCUUUGUCAGUGGAUAAAUGAUCCUAAGCAGUGACCUACCCUGCGUUGGACGGGCAUAUACAAUGGUGCUUGACAAUUUUUAAAACCCUUUAUUUGUAUAGCUAUAUAACUAAAACAUGAUCAGAUGGCUUAAAAGUAGACAAAGAGAACCCAAUUAAUCAAAUGAGAAAAACAUAUUAUACUUGGUCAUUUAAUUAUUGAGGAAAAUUAUCCAAUAUUACAUAUCUGUGAGUGGCAAAAGUAUGUGAACCUUUGCUUUCAGUAUCUGGUGUGACCCUCUCGUGCAGAAAUAACUGCAACUAAACAUUUCCAAUAACUGUUGAUCAGUGCUGCACAUCAGCUUGGAGGAAUUUCAGCCCGUUCCUCAGUACAGAACAGCUUCAACUCUGUGAUGUUGGUGGGUUUCCUCACAUGAACUGCUUGCUUCAGGUCCUUCCACGACAUUUCUAUUGGAUUAAGGUCAGGACUUUGACUUGGCCAUUCCAAAACAUUAACUUAAUUCUUCUUUAACCAUUCUUUGGUCGAAUGACACGUGUGUUUAGGGUCAUUGUCUUGGUGCAUGACCCACUUUCUCUUCAUCUCUCAGUUCACAGACAGAUGUCCUGACAUUUUCCUUGAAAAGUCGAUGGUAUAAUUCAGAAUUCAUUGUCCCAUUAAUGAUGGCACAUCAUCCUGGCCCAGAUGCAGCAAAACAGGCCCAAACCAUGAUACUACCACCACCAUCUUUCACAGAUUGGAUAAGGUUCUUAUGCUGGAAUGUAGUGUUUUCCUUUCUUCAAACAUAACGCUUCUUAUUUACACUAAAACUUUCUAUUUUGGUCUCAUCGUUCCAAAAAACAUUCUUCUAAUAGCCUUCUGGCUUGUCCAUGUGAUAUUUAGCAAACUGCAGAAGGCCUGCAGUGUUGUUUUUGGAGAGCAGUGGCUUUCUCCUUGCAACCCUGCCAUGCACACCAUUGUUGUUCAAUGUUCUCUUGAUGGUGGACUCAUGAACAUUAACUUUAGCCAGUGUGAGAGAGGCCUUUAGUUGCUUAGAAGAUAGUCUGGGUUCCUUUGUGACCUCGUGGAGAGGACUGUUAUACGUCUUGCUCUUGGAGUGAGCAUUGUUGGUCGACCACUCUGGGGAGGGUAACAGUGGUCUUAAAUUUCCCCCAUUUGUACACAAUCUUUUUGACUGUGGAUUGGUGGAGUCCAAACUCUUUAGAGAUGGUUUUGUAACCUUUUUCCAGCCUGAUGAGUAUCAACAACUCCAUUACUAUUGUACCUACAAUUACCAUGUUUCCCUCAUUUGGCAAACAUUCGUGCUUGAUUCUUCCUGUCCUUAUUUCCUUGCACCCUUAUCUCAGUUCCUCAGAAGGAGGAGCAUGGAGUGGAAACAAGGAAAGAAAUCAAGGAGGCAUAAUUAAAGUAAUGCGAAGCAUCCUCAAAGUCUUUAUCACAUCCUUGGGAAGUCUUGCCAACAGUCUGUGUAAGUUCUGAGCCCUGUUAUUUUGCCUGAUAUUUUCAUGUACCUGUCAUUUUGCCUUUGUGACAUUUUUGAUUAUAGUGAUUUGGACUGCCCCUGUACCUUGGUUGUUUAGUCUUCUGUGCUUUGACUCCUAACUGUUUUUGGAUAACAAUCUCUGUGUAACAUUUAUAAGCUUUUUCAACCUGGAUACUGUAAAUAAUUAAGUACAUGAAUCCACAUCUUACACCUGAAUCUGAAACUGUAACUCCAUUGGAAUGACUUGUUUUGAGAUCUGUUUUCACUGCCCAAGGCUUGCUCACACAACUUCAGCAAAUCUGCAAUGGUGAAAUUGAUCCAGUUUUGCUCACAGGCUACUACUUCUUGAUAACAACAGAUAGUAUAACUCUGGCACAAUAUAUUUCCUGUAAAAGUGAGAGUUUAUUAAAAAUAGUGAGCCUUAUUAUUCACUGGUUCACCCAGGACAUUGAACGAGCUUGUUCAUGGCUGUUUAUCAGAAUGAAAUUUCCCUUGUGGUCCCUUACCAACAGUUUAAGUCAACGUUUCAUAAUUCUAUUUUUUUUUUUUUUUUUUUUUUUUUAACCAUUCCACUUUGGGAAAUGCAGCAGGGGAGCAGCUGUUGGGUCUUAGCUAGAGAAACAAAUUCAUGGCUGAAAAUGCUCUUACUUUCCACAAACCAAAGAGCAGAGCCGAACACCUCUUACAUACAUAUACUUGAUCUUUCUCACACAUGAGACUGCAGAUAACACCUUGUUUGAAGAAAACAAAGUCUGCAGUUCUACUUUGUCUUUAUGUUUCUCAAAGGAAAUGUAUUUUCCAGUGCUGAUAGAUUUCAGUACAGCGAGAAACUUGAAUGAUCAUCCCCUGGGUACCCUGUGCAACCUCACUAAGCAUCCAGGCAGUAGAUGGCAGCCCCCUGGUCACUGGUGCAAGGGAACGAUUUUCCACUCAUCAUGCACACAGGUUUGCUCCAUGAUGAAUGUCUCACGUCUCAGGAUUCAAGACACCAAUGGUCACAGUACCAUUCAGUAAAGGAGCUUCAAAGAUUUCUUGGAUUUGCACAUUUUUACGGAAUAUUUAUCGAAGGUUUUAGUUCAGAGACAAUCGCACUCACAUCCCUACAAAACAGGAAAGUGAAGACAUAUAGAUGGAUAGACCGUGCUUUCAAGACCUUAGAAGCAUUUUACCCUCCAGCAACAGCUAUACUCACCCAUUUGUAGUGGAGUUUGAUGCAUCAGAGAAUUUGGUCCCCAUGAACCACAUCCCAUCAAUGCCAUAUUAUCAGACUUACAUGUGCUUUUGUUUGUUUUUUUUUAUUUUUAAUAAAUUUGCAAAGAUUUCAAACAAACUUCUUUGACGUUGUCAUUAUGGGGUAUUGUUUGUAGAAUUUUGAGGGAAAUAAUGAAUUUAAUCCAUUUUGGAAUAAGGCUGUAACAUAACAAAAUGUGGAAAAGUGAAGCGCUGUGAAUACUUUCCGGAUGCACUGUAUUUCAAGCUUACAGAAGAUGUGAACGCUCACCAUUGUGACCUGUAGGAUAGAACCAUGACCCACUGUAAGUACAUGUAGUUGCAAUCAAAAUUAUUCAACCCCCAUUGCAAAUCUGGUUUAUUGUUAAAAUGUGCAGACUUUCAGCUGUUUGCAAUGAACAAAUCAAACAAAAGCGACUGAAAUAGUUCAACACAACGAAUGCUUCACGUGGUUUCCCCAAAUUCAACUGAAAAUGCAACUUCUAAUGAUUUUCUCCAGUUUCAAAAGGUUUCAAAUUAUUCAACACCUUCAUGGCGAGCAUCUUUAGUACUCAGUAGAGCACCUUUUUGCUGUUAUGACCUGCUGCAUACGAGAUGCCGAGCUUCUGGCUGCGUUCCUGAGGAAUCUUAGCCCGUUCCUGAGUUUUUCUUUUUCUCAGUCCGUGUGAAGUUCGAGAACAAAUUUAUCCGUCUGCUUGGCAAGUCUGAGUUCGUUUGUAAUUGGACUACUACUACAGGGUACAUCGAGUACCCCGACUCUGCACUGAAUCUCUGUCCUCUGGCAUGUGACACAGAGUUUCUCGAUGCUAUCUUGAAUUGUUUUCCUACCUCAAGGUUCAUAUUGCACUACAUUUUAAUAUAUUAUUACAUUAAAUGAUGUAAAAGUUAAAGAAGGUGGAAAUGCAUUCUGUUUUAUUAUCUUUGCUUCAUUAUUAUUUGUUGUAAAUGUAACCGUUUGGUUUUAAACAUUUAAUUGGGCCAUCAACUGAUGCAAUGGUUGCCUCUGUAGUUUCCUACCAGUCUCAGUUGUGCCAAUGAAUAUAAAUCUAACGUAAUUUUCUUUACAUUUUACAAUGAAAUUUUGAAAAGAUGGGUGGCUUGUGUCAUGAAGCUGUCCAAGGAGUACAAUUCGUGUACUCCUAUAGCUGGUGUGUGUAGUAUACUUGGAAUAACCACUAAUUACAUACUCAAGGGUAUUUGAAACGUAUUACCUAAACCCUGGUUACAUUUAGAAUACUUUCUUGGGUUAUAAUAAUAUAAUAUAAUUGUUGGUCAAUAGCUAUCAUGCAAAUGGCUGAUAAAAUACCCAUGCACUUUAUUUGUUAAGGGAAUGAAAAGAUUGAUAUCUGCUGUCAGAGAUGCAGUACUAUGAAUGUCUAGUUCCAAAACUCACUAUUAAAGACUCCUGCUCAUAUGUGAUAUGAAAUAAGUUCACUGGACAUGGUGGAACAAAGCUUUUCCAACUACAUCCCAGAACAUCUACAUAUUAUACGUGCAAUGAAACUAAAAGCAUAGAAGUUCUAGAGCUACAAGCCUGGUUUAUAAGUGCAGUUUAGUCCCAGCUGUUUAUUUCAGAUCACAUGUGUCAUGUGAAAAUUGUGGUCAUGUCACUCUGUGAAAGGGCAUUUCAUUCAUCCAUUCGUUAUCGAUAAUGCUUUAUCUUGGUCAGGGUUGCAGUGGAUACAGAGCCUCUCGUGGGACACCGACUUUAAAAUGGGAAUACAUUCUGGAUGACACACCAGUCCAUUGCAUGGAAACUUACACAGACAUUUAAACACUCAUUCACUCCUAUGGACCAUUUAGAACAGCCAGUCCGCCUUACUGGCAUGUUUUUGAGGUGGCAAGAACCCUGGAGGAAACCCACAGGGAGAACUCGCAAAACUCCGUGUCACCCAACGCAGCAAAGAUCUGAGCAUAGUCCUAAGAUUUUAAAGGUAGUUAAUGUUGUGAGAUUGUAGUAAAUGCUUUGUCAUUCAGUUAUGUGUUAUAUCUUUAGUUUUGGACUCAGUAAUACCUCAGCACUGAAUUUCCUGAAAUUGUCUUUUCAGGGGCCAUACUUGCCAAUUUGUUGCCUUAAUUUUAUACAUUGAAAAACUGUUUUUAAACAGUACUAUUUGUUAUAUAUCUGGCCUUGUAUUAGUUAGUGCCAGUGCAGACUGAAGGUCAGUUGCGUCUCCUUGGGAAAGUGGGGGUGACUGUGGAUUAGCCUGGGCUCUUUGCCUGAUUGAAUAAUUAGAGGGCUAUCAAGGAGCAAAAAAGUGGAGAGCAGUCAGCAGCUGUCUACCAAGUCAGUCUACACCAAGAACCCACAGUGAUGAGCAGUUUCCAAUGGCUCUGUACUACAUUCUGGCUUUCUUCAUCCUCCUGGUAAGUGUUGUCUCUGAACCUUUCUUGUUUUCUGAAUGGGAGUUAUUUUAACACAUAAACUAUUUUAGAUCAUAUCAGAGGAUGUAUUUUUAAGAUAUGUUCUUGCCUACAAACAGCGAUUGCUUUUCCGAGUUACCGAGCAAAGUACAGUACAGCAUAUAUGAUUAAAUUGCUUUUGCUUUUGUUCCUGUGUCAGGAACACUUGUGGUGUGCAUGAAGGGUACCUUAGUGAAUGCGUCUUUGUGUCCCGUAUGCUGUCAGUGACAGAACCAUAAGGUUUUUCAUGCAAAGAGUCAGUAUUGAUGGACAGUUGAUGCGUAUUUUCUGUUAUUUCCUAGCUGUGAUAUGGUUUGUAAGUUUGAUGUUGUGAAAAUAUAAAUAUAUGCUUUAUGUGGUAGUGCAGAUUAACAAAAAAAAGAAAAGAAAAGAACAAUAAACAGUUAACUGGCCAGCAGAAAGUGUCUAAGCAUGAGCCCACGCUCUCUUUUGAUUACUCUCUGACGAAAGUAGAUUCUUUACGUAACAGGAGUUAUGAUUUCAUUAGGUUUCUCUCCAGGUUAUGGUAGUUGAAUGUUGGCACGACUUGGAUAAUACUGAAUAUGACUGCUGGCCAAUAACCGAUCCAAAUGAUUACAACAUGAUCAGCUGUGGUGGGUUAGAGAUGGCCUGGGUGCAGCGUCCUCCAGAGAAAGUCACCGAUGGGGAAGAGUUUAAUGUAUCCUAUUCUGUCACUGCUUCAGAUUCCUUUUAUGAAUAUGCAGUCAAAAACAGGAUCCUACACUUCAGUAAUGCUUCAGAGGCUAAAAGAUUUUGCUACGAACAUGAAUGUCCCUCUAACUGGAACAACGCCAAUGAGCACAACUGCUGCGUGUAUCAUGCCAAUAUUCACUCUUGUCCACUUGGGCUUAUGAGAGGCAGAGGGAUUUGUGGUCCUUGGAUCCCAGAUGAUGGCGAGAUUGUCACUCAUACUGUAUCUAAAGCAGGCAAGAUGAGUCAGCUUCUCUGGACCUCAAAGGUGGUGCUUGUGCACUUGGGAGUCACAUCAGUCAUUGCCCAUGUCAAGGUAGGACAGAUGCAUGCUGCACUGGAAUCCAAGGUGCUUGUCGUUAGUGCCCAAGUGUGUGGAGAUGACAUCUGUGAGUUAGAGGAGAGCUGCCUGACAUGCCCUGCAGACUGUGGUGUCUGUCCUAUGGCCACGUCCAUCAAGAUUGCCAUUGGACUCCCGGUUGUCCUGAUCUGUACUGGUUUCAUCUUAACUGUAGUGUGGCUGCAAUAUCAAAAGCAGAAGAUGUUUUGGGAUGAGAGUUGGAUAAUCAAUUACAAUAAUAUAAUGUUUGGCAAAGCAUGCUACAUGGACUUCUGUAGCACAAUGAGUUUACAACCAGUGAAGAGCAACUCCAGCAUCAGCCGUGCCACGGAUGUCACAGUGUGCACAGUGGUGAACACCAGCUUCCAGCCAGGUUUCAUUCAGCCAGGCGUCUAUGAUGGAAGGACAGUGGCUGUGAAACACAUCCAGAAGAAGCACUUCACUCUCUCCAAAACAAUCCGGAAAGAAGUGAAAGAAGUAAGGGAACUAGAUCAUCCAAAUCUGGCUAAGUUUAUCGGAGGCUCCAUUGAAGUCCCAUACAUUUGCAUCAUUACAGAAUAUUGUCCUAAAGGAAGCCUGGCUGACGUUCUUUUGAAUGAAGAUAUUCCUAUCAAUUGGGGCUUUCGCUUAUCAUUUGCCACUGAUAUCGCCCGUGGGAUGGCUUAUCUCCACCAACACAAAAUGUUCCAUGAGCGACUUUAUUCCCGCAACUGCGUCGUUGAUGAUCGCUGGGUCUGCAAAAUAUCAGACUACGGUUUGAAGGCCUAUAGAAAAGAGGACUCAGAAGUACUAAGCAGCACUUUCCACUGUGGAAACCUCUGCCGCAUUUACUCUGCACCUGAAGUUUUGUUGGGUAACACUAACAUCAUCCCUGCUGCAGCUGAUGUGUACAGCUAUUCCAUUAUUUUGGUGGAGAUAGCCACACGCAGUGACCUUAUCUCACAGGCACAAACUGAACCUGUGAAGCUUGAUAUCAUGUGGCGUCCACCUCUUCCUGACCUGAAAGCAGAGAAAUCAGACAGUGAUUGUCCUAAUCAAUUAGAGUACUGUGAGUUGAUUAAGAAGUGCUGGUCCCACAAUGUCACCUCAAGGCCAACAUUUGAGCAGGUGAAAAAGAUGCUGGAUAAAAUGAACCCACACAAAGUCAGUCCCGUUGAUAUGAUGAUGAACCUGAUGGAAAAAUACAGUAAGCACUUGGAGGCUAUAGUUGCUGAGAGGACCCAAGAUCUUCUCCAGGAGAAACAGAAGACCGACCGCCUCCUUUAUAGUAUGCUACCUAAACCGGUGGCUGAUGAUCUUAGACAAGGCCGCACAGCAGAGGCACAAAGCUACACUAGUGCUACUGUGUAUUUCAGUGACAUAGUGGGUUUUACCCAGCUCUCCGGCUCCAGCACCCCCCACCAGGUAGUGGAUUUCCUGAAUAAACUUUACACCACUUUUGACGACAUCAUUGACAACUAUGAUGUGUACAAAGUGGAAACUAUUGGAGAUGCUUAUAUGGUAGUAUCUGGUGUACCAAAUGAGAAUGGCAUCAAUCAUGCAGGUGAAAUUGCCAGCAUGGCCUUGGAUUUGAUCAGCGUUUGCAAUGCGUUUAAAAUCCCACACAAGCCUACCACUCAGUUGAAGAUACGAGCUGGCAUACACUCAGGGCCUGUCGUGGCUGGAGUGGUUGGCACCAAAAUGCCACGCUACUGUUUAUUUGGAGACACUGUGAACACAGCAUCCCGCAUGGAGUCCACCAGUGAAGCUUUAAAGAUUCAGUGUAGUGAAUCUACAACUGAUCUGCUGCAUACUAUAGGAGGAUAUGUGCUGGUCUGCCGUGGCACCGUGCAUGUGAAGGGCAAAGGAGAGAUGACAACGUGGUGGCUGGAAACAAAAAGGAGCCCCACAGAUCUGCUUCACGAUGAAGAACCACAGAAAGGGCCUGUCCCAGUUAGCAACUAACCACAAACUCCACACAAGUCAUGUUCAUUGUCAUGUUCUGUAUGAGUAUGAUGAUUGUGUAAGUUAUUGUAGGUAUAUACUCUAAUCUGCAGGCUUGUGAUUUAUUAUUACAUAUGUGAGAUGAUGUUAGUGUAUUGGAAGUAACAAAGUCAUUGUAACACUCUUGGAUUUGGCCACCUCUCUGGUAGAAAUAUUGCUUGAAGAAUGACAUGUGUAAGGUCAGGGUGGCCAUGUGCUAACAGAGUGGGACUAGAACAAAGAAUAACUUCACAACUAGGUAGUGUUCACUACAAAUUGCAUAACAAAUGUAUAUUGUUUAGCGAUCAGUUUGUAACUAGCUAAUAACCGAACUAGAAUAUCCUAUAGCAAGAAAAAUGUUGCUAAAGCUCCACCAAUGUACCUUUCAUUUCCCUACUAUUUUUU